CCUUUGAUAUGCAAAUGAGGCGCCAUGACAACCUCACGCUGAAAGUUUUGAGCUGUUUUCUUCUUCGCGAGUAGUCGAGAUUUGAAAACGUCAAGAAAAACAUGCCGAAUUCUGCAUCCUAGCGAAGACCACGGACAAAGAAACCAUGGCGGACGUCGAGAAGGAGAACUUGAAGAACCUGGAGGAGAAGCAGAAGUCGAGACCGGGCACGGGUAGCCAGGGGAAAGUCAGUAAACCGCCGUCGGCUGGAAGCGGGCCCGCCUCCCGACCGCACAGUCGCACCAGCCCGGCGCCUUCUCGCAAGAGCGUUAGUCGGAAUGGCAGUGCACGCUCGUCCGCCAAAGGACGGCCUGGAAGUAAGAUCUCCAACAUGUCCGGGGACGUCAGCGACCAGAGCGACAACGAAGACACGCGGUCCAAAACCACGAUGGAGGAGGGGGACGGGGAGGGCAGCGAUGGCUACGACACAGACCUCGAGAUAGAAGAUAAGAGAAUAGAGUAUGACUCUACUGGCAGGACGACGUACAAGGAGGCGUGUAAGCAGAUCGGGGUCGUCCCUGUGUCAUACUUCCUCCGGCACAUGCAGGACUCGGAGCUGGUCAUGAUGCACCACGGUCUGGGACCGCUCGGAGCAAAGGCCAUAGCGACAUCUCUGGUGACGAAUACGACCAUCCUGAAGCUGAACCUGAGAGACAACUGGUUAGAAGCCCAGGGAGGGAAGUACAUUGCAGAGAUGCUGGUGGAGAACUGCUACAUACAUGAUCUGGACCUGUCCUACAACAAGAUUGGGAACGAUGGAGCAGAACCGAUAGCAGAGAUGCUGCAGGACAACUCCACCCUGGACAGAGUCCUCCUGUCGGGAAACGGCUUUGGGGACAAAGCUGCAGAGGCAUUCGCUGAGGCCAUCAUGAGUAAUCAGAAGAUGGAGGAGAUGGACCUGAGUCAUAACGAGUUUGGGGAGGUUUCCGGAGGGCUGCUAGGGCCGGCCAUCGCUGAGAACAGCCAGAUGAAGGUACUGGACCUCAGCUGGAACCACCUGCGCAGGAAAGGGGCACUGGCUGUGUCUGAAGGCAUCAGGGACAACAUCACCAUAACUCACCUGGACCUGUCCUGGAACGGGUUUGGUGAUGACGGAGCCGAGGCCAUCGGAGAUGCCCUCAAGUCCAACAAAACCCUGGAGUUUCUGGACAUGAGUAACAACAGAAUCUCUACCGAGGGCGCAGUCCUGCUAGCUAAGGGGUUGAUAGAGAAUGAUACACUCAGAGUGCUGAAGAUGGGGAAGAACCCAAUGCAGUCUGCAGGUUGUUACGGUGUUCUGAAGGGGAUCUCCCAGAAUGAGAAGUCUGCCAUCCAGGAGCUAGACUUCUCUGACAUCCUGGUGAAUGAUGACUUUGAUGAACUGCUGAAACAGGUGAAGGAGAUGCUGCCUGCUCUCCUCGUCAAAACAGCGGAACGAGUACAUGGCAGGGGUGGUGCCGCAAAGGACUUUAAGAAGGCAAAGCCACGUGCAGACCCGAUGACAAAACUGAAGCAGUACGUGGAGAAGAACAACCUGCGUCUGGUCGACCUCUUCAACCAGUUUGACAAGGACAAGAGCAUGAGUGUCACCAGGGAGGAGUUCGCCCAGGGGAUAGAGGCUACGGGGAUUGACCUGUCUCCUGAUGAGUUGAACCGACUCCUGGACACGUUGGACAAGGACGGGGACGGGGAGAUUGAAUAUGGUGGUAUUGGAGAGCUGGUGUUCGGAGCGCAGGCCCACCAGGAGCAGGAGAGAAAGAUGGCCAAGACGAUCGCCCAAGACGUGCUGACGGCCCUGCGGAUGCACAUUGAGAAGCGCGGUCUGCGGAUGUGGGACGUCUUCCGGGCGAUGGACGAGGACGGAAGCAUGACGGUUUCCCGGGAAGAGUUUAGGGUUGGAAUCAGGAACACUGGCAUUGAGCUGGAGGAUGAGGAGCUGGAUGUGCUGAUUGAUUAUUUGGACAAGGACGGGGAUGGAGACAUUGACUACGAAGAGCUGGUUGAGGGAGCAGAGGAGUCUGCACAGGAGACAGAGGACGAGGCAGGCGGGGGGGAUGAUGGAGGAGGGGAGGAGGAUGGGGAGGAUGAGGAGGAGGAUGCAUAGGAGGAGGAGGAGUGAGGAAAGAUGUAAACGGAUGUCUGCCAGUAUUAACAUCACUCAGUCUAAUGGAUGUUUGACAGUAUUAAGAUCACAUACUUUAGUUUAACAGAUGCCAGAUCUUUAUAUUGAUUAUUAGCAGAUCUUUAUAUUGAUUAUUAGCAGACAUCACUAAACUUAACAGAUGUCUGCCAGUAUUAAGAUCACUUAGUUUAACAGAUGCCAUUUCUUGAUAUUGACAUCCAUCUCUUAGCUUAUCGGAUGUCUGCCAGUAUUAAGAUCAUGUAGCUUUCAUCUCCACAUGUCUUGCCAUCUUGUAGAGGAGAAGUGAAGAUGAGAUGACAGAUAAAAGGGUGAUGAUGAUAAAAGGUGAAAUGAGGAA